UUUCAAGAAAAUUUUAGCAAAGAUUAUUGGAACAAUAUUUAGCCAUGUUGUUUUGAUUGUAUACCCGGCGUCACCUUAAUACAUUGUUCUCUCAUUAUUGAGUGUUAUUGCUGGUUGUGCUGACUAGAGAUGGUAAUGACUCGAGGGCGUGGACGAGGAAUGAGAGGUGGCAUGAUGCGUCCCAUGGGGCCAGGUCCGCAUUUUGGGCCAAAAAUGAAACAGUUUGUCCCACGUCUUCCUUUUGACAUGGUUCUUUGUGAAUCUGCAUUUCCCAGGGUCAAGCCAGCACCAGAUGAGUCAGCAUUUACUCAGGCUCUUUUAAAGAGAAAUGCUGAUCUUUCUCCUACACCAGCUGAGCAGGCAGCUGUAUUGAACCUAGUCACAAAAAUACAAGCUGUGAUGGACAAUUUAAUAGUUGACCCGGGCAACUUUGACGCAUGCGUAAGUUCCCAGAUUGAAGAGGUUCGUCAAGUAGGCUCCUAUAAAAAAGGAACAAUGAUGACGGGGCACAAUGUUGCUGAUAUUGUAGUUAUUCUAAAGACGUUGCCUACAAAGGAAGCAGUGGAAGCACUUGGAAAGAAGGUCUGCGAUGAUCUGCGUUCACAGGAACCCCAGGAAGUGCUAGUUUUAACAAUGCUUCCUAAUGACCGGGGCUUUGAGAUCAGCAACAGUGAGGCUACAGUACGGGUCCUGGUCACUACCAUUCACCAGAACUUGCGGAAAUUGGAUCCGGAACUGCAUCUUGACCAGAAAAUUCUCCAGUCACACCUUGCUGCCAUCAGACACAGCCGAUGGUUUGAGGAGAAUGCCCAUCACUCCACUAUUAAAGUUCUCAUCCGAUUACUACGAGAUCUUCGUGGUCGUUUUGAAGGCUUUGAACCUCUGUCACCGUGGAUGCUUGAUCUUCUGGCACAUUAUGCAAUUUUGAACAACCCCAGUAGACAAGCUCUCCCGAUCAAUUCUGCAUUUCGACGGUGUUUACAACUGCUUGCUGCCGGUCUUUUUUUGCCAGGGUCUGCAGACACUUUAUCUGCAGGCAUCAGUGAUCCGUGUGAGGGUGGUAACAUUCGUGUACACACAGCAAUGACCUUGGAACAGCAAGACCUCGUGUGUUUAACAGCACAGACACUCUUGCGGGUUCUUUCCCAUGGUGGAUACAAGCAGAUCCUGGGACUCGAGGGCAAUUCAAGUAUAGCAAGUGAGAUGUCUGUAUGGGAUGGUGUUGUGGUAUCUGCAUUAGAAAAAGCCUAUGAGAAACCACCAGAACGACCCCCUCAGGAUGACGACACUGACAACAUGGAUGCUGAUGAUGAUCCAAUGGAAACAACUGAUAAUUAAGGAGCAGAAAAGAAUUUUAUCUUUGCAGCACAUUUGUUCCAUCUAGUGUUUCACUGGUGCAACUUUAAUUAAAAACUGUGAUGUCAACAUGUUUGAAGAGGUACACAUAGGUGUGUUGUGUAAUAAUAAAUGAGUUGAGAAUGUUAAAGUGUGUGCAUCCUAAGUAUGUGAAGGUUACUGUGCUUCUUUUUAAUUCACUUUAAUACUUCACCAUUUAUGUCUAAUUGUUUGCUUUUGAAAAUAAAGCCUGGAGUAUUGAUAAUUUAUUGAAACUUUAUGCAAUUACACUAUUUAUUAGGUUAAAAAUAUUUGUGAGACUGGUGAUGGGUGCAGCUGGAAACCCUUAUCACAUUCUCUUAAUCUUUCUCCUUACUUUACCACAUUCUCUUAACCCUUAAAUGGUCCAAACGUAUAUAAAAGUUCACCUGUGCAGUGCCCCGAAUAUUUUGAGAGAAAAAAAAAAUAUUUUUUUUUUUAUAGGAAAAAAGAGCAUGUGGGACCCAGGUGUCCCCAAUUUUUUUCAUGUGACACGCUGAGUGUGCACACCCAAUUCUCUCAUGUCUAGGCAACUCAGGCCUAUCAUGCCAAUGUUGAAUGAAUGACGAAUGAAACAUAUACAUACGUUUGGGGCCCUACAUGAGAGAACGUAUAUAUACGUUUGGACCGUUUGAGGGUUAAUCUUUCUUCUUACUUUACCACAUUUUCUUAAUCUUUCUCAUUACUUUCCCUUACUACAUUCUCUUAAUUUUUUCAUUACUUUACUGAAAUUCAUCAAAUCAUGACAAACUAAAAUUCUUAAAUGGAACUCAUAGUAAAAAUGGUUUGAAUUACUUUCACUUUUAUAAUUAAGAAAGCAUUUUCUAUUUCUUAUGUUAGCUAAAAAGUUUUAAAGUAAGUGAGCAGUGUUCUUAAUAUGUUAUAGUAUAUUGAAGUCAUAAGGUAUGCAAUUUUUUAUAUAAAAACUAUAUUAGUACAGUUGCCUAAGUGAUCUGACUGCAUUACUGUUUUGAGUUCUUAAUUCUCCAGACUAAUUCAGAAUUGUUUUAUUGAAUACUUGGAGUCCUUUUGUUGACUUAAUGUUGCAACAACUAUCAAUUAUUAAAAUUAUUGUGGAAA